AUGUUAAGUCAAGCUGGAAGAAGCGAUGCUUUACAACGCAUACAGGCAUCACUAGGGAAGAAGUAUAGUGAGCAUGGAAACGUCCGACAAGAUUACUUGAGACGUAUUGCCGAUAAAUUUCAUCUUCCAGAUCGAAGAAUAGCUUAUAUAGCUCAAGCAGAAUUGAUGAUAGACAUCUUUGAAACAAUUGAAAAAGGCAAAAUAGGUGUUUUCGAAGUUCCAACCUCAGAAGAAGGAAUGCUAAGCCUGAUCUGCUCUCCCUGUCUUUGGUUCGAGGAACAUUUGAGGAUCAAGCCAGAGCUGAAUACCUCAAAAGAUCGAGCAGGAUUACGUGAAAUUCAGGUUGCUGUUCAACAAGGAGCACGACGUGAACAAAUUUCGGAAGCUAUCAUUGAUGGGGCAUAUGGACCACGUGUAAAUCGAUUCAACCCACCACCUCGAUUCAAUCCACGACCAGGUGUAAAACCAUUGGUCAAUGCAAAAGAAAAAGCAAGAUUGGUCGAUGAAGUUGGUUCGAACACCGAGAUACUUCCAAAAUUGAAACUCAUUUACGUUUGUCACUCACCUGAUCGACUUAAUCACUUUAUCGAAAACUUCAAUAAAACCGUUUACGCCAGAAAGAAAUUUACGAUUCAUGAAGUCAAAGAGGAUUUUCGCCUUCCUCUUGAUGAUGAUGAACAAGUACAAGUAAUCGUCAUGUAUUACGAAAAUCUUUUGGAUGCCGAGCUACUUGAAUUUUUCAAAAUUUCCUUUAGUGGCGCUAUAAUGAUUCUGGACGAGGCAUACAGUCUACCUGAAUUUCUAGCAAGCGAGAAAAGUGUCGUUCUGAUAAAGAAAAGGCUUGAAUACGCUAUAGGCAAAUUACAAAGAUAUCUUUUGACCCCUUCUCAUGGUUCCAAAACCGUUGAUCUGGAAUCGAGCAAGCUAUUAAGAGUGCUACAGGAUAUUGACGAUCAUUGUUCGAAGAUAAUAGAGAUAGUUUUUGAAUCCGACAGUAUACGAAGUAAGGAAUUUUUAAACUCAAUCGGUGGAUCUAUCGAACAAGAAGUAUUGCGUGAGCUAGAAAGCUGGUAUUAUCACAUCAUAUCGGAGUCAGUCCGAGACUUUGAAACACCGGAUCAAGGACAAGUCAGCAAAGACUCUAUCGAAACGAUUCUACCCUUAAUCAGAACAUUCUUAAAAAAUCUUAUUCAUCCGGCCUAUGAAGGUAUGAUUCACAUUCCGGAUCCAACAUAUAGAAGUGAGGCAGCAAAAAAUCAUUCAAAUGAGCAAGGUGAGAAGCAAUGGUCUUUUGAAUAUCAAUUACUCAACCUAGGAGCAGUUCUCGAAGGAAUUAUCGAAGAAGCCCGAUCAGUCAUUUUCUGUGGCGAUGUACUGGCUCCGAUGACGGAUUUAAAGCUACAGCUCUUUCCAUACAUGAAGUGUACCAAGUUUAAGGUCAAGAGUUAUCCGCCUUUCGUGUCCGAUAAGAACUUCAUGAUCGGCUCGGUGAAGAAUUAUUCUCACAACAUUCCGCUAAAGUACAUCUACAAAACUCGAGAAGAGGAACAAAAUAUGCGACAACUACUCAAGAUGAUUAUCGAACACUGCAAAGUGACUCCGGAUGGUGUAGUGGUCUUUGUUACUGCGCACGAUUAUCUCAAUUCUUUAAGAUCAUUUUGGUAUUCUGAUAAAGCUGAAGACUUGUUCACGCAGCUGGAGGAUACCAAAAAUGUCUUUUUUGAUUUUACGGAUGAAUUAGUGUCAGCAUCAGAGUUACAGAAAUAUAAAGAAGCUAUUCGAUUGCCAUCAAGAUCAAACACAAAGAAGGGAGUCAUAAUGUUUGCCGUAAUAAAUUCCCGGCUUUCAGAAGAGUUUGACUUCAGAAACAGACUAGCACGUACAGUGGUCUUUGUUGGAUUGCCAUUAGCAUAUGUGGGCGUUGAAAUGAAGGAAAAAACAAAGUAUAUCGAUAAAAAUUGGGGUUCAUCAAACGCAAAUGCUUUUUUCAAAAUCGAAGAAAGGUACCAGCCAAGGCCAAAGCCGGGUGAAGCAUAUUACAUCAAUCUGAGUACGAAAAGCAUUCAACGUAUAAUCAGCAGGGUAAAUGCUGAUCCAAACGACUAUACGGCUGUCCUUUUGCUCGAUGAACGAGCGUUAUAA